AUGACCGAACGUCUAGCCUCAUUAUUAAAUCUACCAAAACGCAAGUAUGCAGUACCAAUCGGCGUUCUAGACUCUCUAAACACUACUUCUAAACACAUGAUUACAGCAACUAUCCGUUCAUCGGAUGGACAUUUUGAACGUACACUGCAAUUUUUAACCGUACCGCAAAUUGCAGGUCUAGUACCCAACCAAACAAUUGAUCGUGGAUCAAUGAAAAUACCAAGGAAUCUAAAGCUAGCUGAUCCGCACUUCCAUAGGCCAGCAGCGAUAAAUAUGCUUUUAGGCUCAGGUAUAAGUUUAUCUAUUCUAUGCGUCGGUCAAAUAAAUCUAUCUACCUCAACCGAAAAUCUUUAUCUACAGAAGACCAGGCUAGGAUGGGUCGUAGGAGGUCAAGCACCUGCAUCAAAUUUAAAACAAAUAGAACAUUGUCACGUUUCUAAUGAAAUUAAUUUGGAAAAAUUCUGGGAAAUUGAGCAAGACACAGCAGACCAAACGCAGACCUCAGAAGAAAUUGAGUGCGAAAAACAUUACAGGUCACAUGUAACUCGUGACAGCAAUGGACGCUACGUUGUAGCACUACCGUUCAACGACAAGAUCAAAUUACUCGGAGAAUCAAGGAGCCGAGCUAUCAAGAGAUUUAUAAAUCUGGAAAACAAACUAUUAAAAAAUUCUGAAUUGCGAGAGGCUUACCACGCAACUAUUCAAGAGUAUAUUGACCUGGGACACAUGACUGAGCUCGUGAAGAUACCCAGCGACGAGGGUUACUACCUGCCACAUCAUGCAGUAGUUGAGGAGAGUAGUACUACAACAAAGUUACGUGUAGUAUUUGACGGAUCAGCCAAAACCAGUACUGGCUGGUCAUUAAAUGACGCAUUACCAAUAGGACCUACACGCCACACUGACUUGACAUCACUAUGGAUCAGAUUCAGAAUAUACGAGGUAGUUUUCACCGCUGACACUGAAAAGAUGUUUCGACAAAUUAUUAUACGACCAGAAGAUCGAAAAUAUCAACGCAUAAUCUGGAGAAACAAGGAAGGCAAAUUGACAACAAUGGUGAUAAAUGUACUGAUCUUUGGUGGAAGAACGUCACCCUUUAUCGCGUCACGCACAUUUGCGCAGUUGGCCGAGGAUGAAGGUCACCGCUACCCUCUAGCAGCAACAAUCAUCACCAAAGAAACUUACGUUGACGACACCGCCACCGGAGCGGAUACUCUUGAAGAAGCGAGAGAGAAACGAAACCAACUGAUAGCAUUGCUUAAAUUAGGAUGUUUUAAUAUACGCCAAUGGGCCUCAAACGUACCAGAGCUGUUGGAAGAUUUACCUAAGGAAAGCAUAAACUCUAAAUUUCAAUUAGGUGAGUCAGUGACACUGAAGACGCUGGGAAUAUAUUGGAAUGCUAACGAAGAUACGAUAGUAUAUACGGUCAAACUACCUGAACCUACCAAGUUAGAUUGGAAUGAAUCUCUACCCCUAGACCUUCAUACCGAGUGGAGACAGUUUCAAACCCAACUACAAGAAUUAAACCAUUACACGUUUCCGCGUCACGCUCCGAUCUCAGGUACUCAAGUUACUGAAAUACACGGGUUUUGCGACGCAAGUGAGAAGGCCUAUGGCGCCUGCUUAUACCUGCGGACUAUAGACAGUACCGGAGACAUAAAAACUGAAUUACUUUGCGCUAAGUCACGAGUCGCGCCAACAAAAUCAACCACAAUACCACGACUCGAACUGUGCGGAGCAUCGGUGCUAUCGAAUUUAUAUGCAUCGGUCGUACGGGAUCUCCCAGUGCCUAUUGAUAAAACUAUUUUUUGGACUGAUUCGACUAUCGUGCUGUAUUGGUUAAAGUCAUCGGAACCUCAACAAUUAAAGCAGUUUGUAUCUAAUCGAGUUCUUAAUAUUCUAAAAAACACACGUAAGGAUGAUUGGUAUCAUGUAAGAACAAAGGAUAAUCCAGCCGAUAUUUUGUCACGCGGUUUGUUACCUACAGAAUUCAUACGGUCGGCGCUUUGGCGACACGGACCCACAUGGCUUCAACAGACCAGCGAUACCUGGCCAACUCUCGACUUACCCAAGAUAAAUACACCGAUACCUGAACUGAAAAGGGUUCUCUGUUUUCACGCCACACCAAGGGACACAGAACUAUGGAAUAAAUUUUCAUCUAUGACAAGGCUUGAGUCUAUUGUCGCCUUGUGUAUGCGCAUGAAGAUAGAUAAUAAAAACAAGGGUAUUAUAAGACUGGAAGAAAUUCAUAAUGCUCGUAAGAUUAUCUUUAAAUUGGCGCAAUCGAUAGCGUUUGCUGAAGAGAUACACCGCAUUCAACGCAAAAUGCCUCUAAGUUCGCACAGUAAAUUACUCACACUAAACCCUUUUAUAGAUAAAGAAGGGUUAUUAAGAGUAGGUGGACGGCUACAGAACUCAUCAUUAGACUACUCAGAAAAACAUCAGAUCAUUUUACCGAAGUCACAUCAUAUUACAUCGUUAAUCAUCCGUCGUGAGCAUCUCGAACUCCUACACAUGGGAGCGCAAGGCACAUUGUACAAUUUAAGACGACGUUACUGGAUUAUAGAUGGUAGAAAACAAGUACGCAAGGUAAUUCGACAAUGUGUAACGUGCGCACGAUUUAAUGCACCAAAACUGGAUUAUUUGAUGGGUGAUUUACCAGCUGAUCGUGUAAACUUUGCCCGACCAUUCAGUAAAGUGGGCGUAGAUUAUUGUGGACCCUUUCUCAUGAAGGAAAAGAAAUUCCGCAACCGCACUCAAAUAAAAAUAUAUGUCGCUAUAUUUGUAUGUUUAGCUGUAAAGGCAGUUCAUAUUGAAGUAGUCACCGAUUUAACCACGGAGGCAUUUUUAGCUGCGCUACAGCGCUUUAUUGGGCGAAGAGGCAAAUGCUCCAAUAUUUACUCUGACAAUGGUACGAAUUUUGUUGGAGCAAAUAACAGUUUAAAGGAACUAAAUGAUCUAUGGAAUGACCCACAGCAUAAUCAGAGAGUACAUGAUUUUGCUACCCACAAGGGUAUACGUUGGCACUUUAUACCUACUCGAGCUCCGAGCUUUGGGGGACUAUGGGAAGCGGCUGUAAAGUCCUUCAAACAUCAUUUGAAACGUGCUAUCGGCACGACUUUAUUUACCUACGAAGAAUUUAAUACUAUUGUUAUAAAUAUUGAAGCUAUCCUUAACUCUCGUCCUCUUACUCCCUUAUCAUCUGAUCCUAAUGACCUGCAAUCUCUAACUCCUGGACACUUUCUUAUUGGCGACACACUAACGUCUUUACCUGAGCAUGAUUAUAGAGAAAUUCCAGAGAAUCGUCUAUCUAGAUGGCAACACCUCCAGCAGAUACGUCAACAUUUUUGGAACCGUUGCUCCAAAGAGUAUCUAAACGAACUCAACAUCAGACAUAAGUGGUCGACUAAGGGUCAGCCAGAGACCAUAAAAAUUGGGACAGUUGUCCUAAUUAAAGAAGAUAAUCUUCCACCUCUGCAAUGGCGAAUGGGUCUAAUAACUAACGUACAUCCUGGAGCUGACGGAGUUAUACGAGUCGUUACCGUAAAAACGUCAACGGGCAAUGUCGAACGUUGUAUUAGAAAGAUAGCCCCAUUGCCAGUCAAUAUCCAUGAAGAGGAUGCAGUUUCCACGUCAGAGGAACCAAGAAGUGAUACUAAUAAUGUCGUUAAUUAG